GCGAUAGAGAAUAUGACGAAGAUGAAGGUGAGUGUGGUAGUGGCGAGCGGCGACAAAACGUUGGAGGUGGGGCAGCCCAUUGCGAUGAACGGCGGAGCAAAUGGAGUGUGACAGAGUUGCGGCGAGUGGUGGGGUGGAAUAUGGCGGUCAGGGUGGUUCGGAAAUGGAAAACGGCGAAUUGAAAGACAAAGGAGGAGAUGUCGGUGUUUCCGCGGGGCUGACUUCCAAGAGGGGGGCAAAACGCACAGCGGAAGAGUCGCCGACGCCAGCUGCGCCUAAGAAGCAGGCUCGAAGGAAAGUUGUGGACGAAGUUCGGGUCGCCUUGGAUGCAUCUCAAGAAACGCUUGGUGAACCCGAUGUGAAGCGCAAAUCAAGUGCUCGGAUUCGCAAAACGUCACAACCCAAGAAUCUCGUGCGGCCGUCAAGGCGCCAAAAAUCAGACGACUUCAGCCACGACGCUGAAGGGGUGGCCCCUCGCUUGCUCUCCCUCCCUGACGAUGUUGAACAGGAGACGAAGAAACCCAGUGCGGUCAACAUGACGCAAUGCUACUUCCUCGAGUACGAUGAGGAAAGCAAAAAGAGAAGAGACCCCCCGAGAAUGGUAAUUGACGUUAUGCAAAUCCUUCGAAUUCCGGAGGAAGGUAUCGCCUUCAAUCAGCGAUCGCUGAACAUGGCUACCCUUGCAGGCCUCGUACGGCUAUCGAGUCGUCGACUGGGCCAAGGGACCGAGGAUGAUCCUGCUCCGUGGGAACCGCGGCCAGAGUUGGUGUUGGCUCCGAUUACGCCAUGGAAGGAUGAUCCGGACAGGCAAGGGAUACGAAUCCUUCCAAAGGACUUCGAUCCCGAUAGGGCAGACGAGUACUUCUAUUACCCGGUUGCCGGUCAGCAUACUUCCGAAGCCAUGAAAAGAGCAGUGGCGAGGAAUUCCGCAGCAGUGGACGUGUUCGGCUUUCGAAAUUAUGAUCGUGGGAAGAAGGAGGUGUUCCACUGCAUUCCGGCUAAGGACGGGGGACCAAACGUAACGGUGUCCUUCAAAGAUCUCGUUCCGUCAAACUUCAAAUGUUUUGAGGAUAUGACAGCACGAGAAAAGGAAACCGCUUUGCGUUUGAUGAUCAAUAAGAAAGUCAUCGCCACAACUAAACUGGUUCCUCCUGGGAAGAUGAACAUGACGAACUUCCUCGACAUCAUAAUGCGCGAGAGAUACAUGACGCGUCUGUUCAACUACAUCGUCUUCAAAUCGGAGAACAGAGAGGCGAAUGAGUGGAAGGAGGGGUUCUUCUUCGACUAUGAUAAAAUGGAGCAAAGGUUUGGCAUAAAUGCAGGCGAAUGGGAUGAGGAAAGGGAUAGGAUCCCUUUGGAAUAUGUCUGGAGGGUUCUGAAAAGACUCGGCGGAGAGCAAGAACAAAAAGAUCUGAAAGAAGCUGGUCUAAAGGCCACGGAGGCGUUGUACAGGGACGCGCCAUUCCAUUUCAAGUACUUUGUGUACCACGCCAUAGGGAAAGUGGACUUGCUGACAGCCGAGUUGCGACGGUUGAAGAACGUUGCGCUAUAUCUGUGUUGGGAGAAGAAAGGACGACGGUCGACAUUAUUGCCGGUUAACAUGCACCCGAAGGAGUUGCUGCCCGCGGUCGACGAAAUUGUGACAGCAUCCAUGAACUUGAAUUGCAAGGCCGCCAUCCUCGAUCUCGCAAACCCGAAGGACUGCCUUGCAUGGUCGCCGACCGAUUUCGAUGCUCUGCACAUAAUGAUGUCGAAAUUGUGCGGCAAUAAAUGGAUAUUGAUUGUUUUUGCCCCACAAAAACAACAAAAGAUCGCCAUACGACAGCUUUACAACUGGGACGUUGUAGAGGUGAUAACUAGAAUUUGGAAGCGUUAUCUCGGGGUCCGGACUGUUGUCAGCAAAUACGGAAACUGGCAAGUCGAUUACAAGGAUACGAUGGUGAUCGUCCUGCAUGCCGAGGGCGGCGACCUCAAGAAGGUCACGAGGGUCCCUAAGUCGGAGGCGGAGCUAGUGGAGCUUAACGUUGAGGAAGACAAGUUCAAGAGGUGCACAGCAAAGCAUGGCGGCGACGAAGGAAACGAACGAGAGGAAUAUGGGCGGUGGGAACGACAUCCGACACGGUUGCAGAAGUUAUAUAGUUCGUUUCUGCACGAGGAUCAGGGGUUGAUUCUUAUCGGAAAGCCACAUGUUGGACUUGUGUGGGAGCUUCUACGCGCAGGCUAUCAUGUUUUUGCAUACGACGCGUCAUCCAAAGACAUCUCGUACUUGACGAAGGCAAUCGACAUUCUUGGGAAGGACACGAGAAACGAUUGCACGGUUGAGAGGCAGAAGACUGCGCAUCGUCCGGACAGAGAUAUGUACCACAAGUUGGGCAAGAAGAGAAACAAGAUGUGGGACUAUUUGUUCCAAGGCCAACCCAAGUCGCCAUUCGAGCAUGACUACAUAGUUCGCAAAGCGAUGGCACAGGAAGCAUAUGGUGGUUACCACAAAGCGCAGGUGGGUGUGUUUGCGAUGUUUGUGGCGCGAUGCGAGCAACUGAAGUUCACGACAAAUCGGACAAUGCUGACAUACGAUGAUUACAGUAAUCUCGCCAAGACAACAGAUGCAUGGUGUCCGAUCGAGAGCGACGAGGAGACUGAAACCUCAGACCUCGAUAUCGAAGAGCGAGUGAAACGUUCGCGAGAUGGAAUGCAAAGUGUGCCUACAUGCAGCGUGCAGAACGAAAAUCCAGAACAAGGUCCCACGAACUCGGGAGGUACGGGCAGUCCUGCGCGUGAUGUGACGGACAGGGCGAGUUCCAUUGACCCGAUGCAAACUGAUUCGCCGACGCCCCUCCUGGCACUUCAGAAUGUAUUGAUUCAUGACAAUCGUCUCGGAUUGUAAGGAAGGCCUCCAUAUGGAGGAAACGCGGACCACGACAUGCAGACAGACGCUGACGAAGAUGACUUGGUUGUUCCAGAUCCAUCCCCGAAGCUAAUGCCUGGUGAUGAUAUACCCGAUUGCAUUGUGCAGGACAGU